UUUUGAAGAUUACGACUUUCGAACAACACCUAUUUGUCAUUGCUAGAUUGAUAAUUUAUUUUUGUAUGAGAAUUGCUUAAAAACUCAUAUUAUUAAUUUAUUUUAUAAUGACAUCAUAUGUGCGAGCAAUGUACGAUUUCUCUGGCGAGCCAGGAUCGUCGGAGAUUUCAAUUAAAGUUGGUGAAAUCCUGGCAGUGACUCGAACAGACGUUGGAGAAGGUUGGUGGGAGGGGAAAAAUAGUCAAGGAAAAGUUGGUCUCUUUCCAGCGGCAUAUGUGGAGGUAAUGUCGGCGGCCGAAGCACAGAAACACAAUCAGCAAGCUAGUGCUAGUAGUCCUGUUGCAUUGCCUGCUGCGACAACAUCUGACCCGUCGAACCGAUAUGAUCAAACUGCUGAUGAAUAUGAUGAUUGGGAGGAUGAUUGGGAUGAUGACAACGAGACUUACUCGGAAAUAGGGCCUAGUGGUGGGGCAAAAACUAUUAAUCACACAGGUCUUGCUAAUCAAUUAACACAUUCCGCUAGCAAUUAUGAUAACAAAAAUCUGCCAGCAGCACCAAUGGACGACACUAUCUCAUUAGCAUCUACAGCUGCGCCGAACAACACAGCAACUUUAAAAAAGUCUGGGAUGUUCGGUAAAAGCUCAGAUUCGUAUAUACUGGGAUUGGGAAAUAAGGAAAAACUUUCUGAACACGAAAUUGUACAUAUUGCAUAUGUGGAAAGUUUUUGUUAUUGGCAAACUAAUCAUCAACGUUACACUGUAUUAGUAGCCAGUCCCAAAAAAGAGUCUAAAUUUAAAGGAAUGAAAACUUUUAUUGCGUACCAACUGACACCCAGUUUUAACAAUAUAUCUGUGUCAAGACGGUACAAACAUUUUGAUUGGCUACAUGAACGUUUGGUGGAGAAAUUUUGCCUCAUCCCCAUACCACCGCUGCCAGAUAAACAAAUUUCUGGACGUUAUGAGGAACAAUUUGUGGAACAUCGCCGGGUUCAAUUGCAAGAAUUCGUAGAUUGGGUUUGUCGUCAUCCUGUACUGUCACAAUGUGAGGUUUGGCAUCAUUUCUUGACCUGCAACGAUGACAAGAUGUGGAAAUCGGGUAAAAGGAAAGCCGAACGUGACACUUAUGUGGGAGUCUCUUAUUGUUGGGCCAUAUCACCGCCUGAAAAGACAUUGUUGCCAUCGCUUGUAGAUGCUCAAAUAGAAAGUUGUUUACAGUUCACGCAUGCAAUGGAUAUUUCCGUACGAAAUCUCUUAGUAUUAUCCAAUGAUACGGCGAAACGUUAUCAAACACAAUGUAAAAAAGAAUUCCAACGUAUUGGUGAUGGUAUGUCGGACUUGGCAAAGGCCUUAAAUAUAGACGAACGUCGUGCACCUUCAAAAACAACACCGCUAUCGGAAAGUGUUGGGCGCGUCGGUGGUAUUUUCAUAGGUAUUGGGCAACUAUUUGGUGACCAACCUAAAUUGGACUGGAUACCAUUUUCGGACCGUUUACAUAUCUACAGAGGCGUCCUCAACAGUUUUCCUGACAUUCUCUCAACGCAUAAGGGUGCAAUGCAAAAACGCAAAGAAUGCGAACGUUUAACUUCUGAGCAGAAGAUGAGCAAUGCCCAAAUGACCGAUGUGAAUCGUCGCACCGAUGUUAUUUCUUACGCUGUAAUGGCAGAAAUGUCGCAUUUUAAAGAAGAACGUGAUACGCAUAUGAAACAGGCGCUAAAAUCUUUUAUAGAAGAGCAAAUUAAGUUCUAUUCGAAUGUCGUUAAUAGGCUGCAAGAAGGUUAUCGCCAGUUUGAAUAAAUUCGUUAACUACAAACGUUGAUCGCUAAGCCACGGCCGCUUUUAUGUAACUGCUUUACUGUAUGUGUGUGAGAUUACAAUAGAAACAAUAGAGAAGCAGCACUGCACAACAGAAUAUCCAAAACAAAUUUCAUAUCUUCAUAAUUCUAAUUGCAUCGGCAAAAACGUCAGUGCCCAAGCUGCAAAACGGCACAUGUUUGUGCUAUUUUAUGUGGUGGUAGUGACAGAGAAAUCAGAAGAACAAUUAAUGUAUUUCCUAUGCAUAAUGAGUUUUAAUUUUUUUUAUAUAUAUACACAUAUAUGUAUACCUACAUGCAUUGAAUGCAAACGCAGCAUAUAUUGCAAAUGAAGUUAUUCAAAAUUGUAAAGAAAAUGUGAUUAUGUCCGUGUAUUUAAAAUAUUCAAUAGUGCAAUCUUUUGAAGUAGAAUUGUGUCUAGCAAUUUUAUUUCAUACAUGUAUUUACAACUUGGGUACUUUUGUUCUUGUACGAUUCAAUUAAUUUUGUAUUUGUUCUUUUAUAGUAUUUUAUAUAUUGUGAAUAUUAUCUAAUUUGAGCAUACUACUAAAGUGUUAAAUAUUAUAUAUUAUAUAUUUUAUAUGCAAAUAUACAAGUAUACACAAAAACAA